ACAGCCUCAUAUUCAAGAUGGCGGACAGUCUGGGUAAAUAAAGUCUCGAGCUAAACGGCGUGUAAAGCGAUUAGCUGCGACACGACGGUGUGACAGAGUUUAGUGGAGGAAACGUGAUGUUUUAAGGGAUGUCUGACUAUAGCAGUAUAGUUAAGCUAAGUUGAGGGAUGGAGAGUGACUGCAGGAUUCCCAUGUCAUGUUUAAGGCCCAGAGUUCUGGUCCUGCAUGCAGUUUUCUGGGGGUUAGUGUGUCUCAGAGUAUUUGGGGCUGCGCUUCUUGGUGAGGAGAAGACCACAGUCACAAAGGCAGUGAACAUGCCAUGUUGGCAGUUAGAAGAGUUUGUGGUUGCGACAGAGUGCACUUUGUGUACCGCAUUUCAAACGAAGACCGUAACAGCCUGCACCCAGACAGGCUACGUGGAGAGGAUUAACUGUACCAAGUCCAACAAAGAUGAGUACAAAAGCUGCCGCUCAUCAGUGAUGGAGGAGCACCUCUUUUGGAAGUUCGAGGGUGUCGUUUUAGGCCUUACUGUUGUCUUUGCACUAGUAGUGAUCGGCCGGCAGAGGUCUUUAGACCGCCAAGCCUCAGAAAAGGUUCGCAGGCAAAUUGAGUCGAUUUAGUACCCAGAACUUUAUUGAGAAGUAUUGUACAGGUGACGAGAAGCUCUAAAGCACUCCAGGGUUACAGUGAUCAUCGUUUUUAUCAGUGUUCUAUUCCUGCUGUAGUAGCCAGUUUACCAGCCUGAGGUGUGAUCACUGGACACGUGUGUGUGUGUGUGUGUGUGUGUGUGUGUGUGUGUGUCUGGACGCCGGUCAUGUCUCGACUGAUGGAUGCGAUGGUUUUGUUUGUUUGUUUUAACUUUGACAAAAAAGGUGGUUCGCUACUUCCAUAUUUUCAUGCAAGUUGUUAAUGAUAUUCUACAGUGAACUUUUAACUGUGAAACCUCCAGAUUUAAUAAAGUCAGCAUCUAAAUCAACCGACAGUAAAAGAGAAAAGAUGAACAAAUUGCUUGCUUGUAAGCUUUUGUACUUGUGCUUUGUUCCCCAGCAGAUGAUGCACAGGUGAUACUACACAUUCUCACUAACACUGUACUAAUCUUAUGUAAAAGGAGAGUUUCUGACAUUAAAUUGAUCUGAUCAUACUGACAUUUUAAUUACAAAGUGAAUCUGACUCUGCUUUAGUGUGUUUUAAUAACUGUGUGGCAAAUGGAUGCAGAAAUUAAAUGGUAGUUUUGUUUGUUUUUUGUAUUAUUGUGAAAAUUAUCAUUUUCACAUGCAUAUGAAUUGUCAGGAACCUGAGAAAAUUGUUUAGACAACCACAUAUUCCAUUUACUCACUAAACAGUUUAUUUACAGAAGACUGCAUUUCAAUGUAAAAUCUGGUUUUGUUUUUGGUUGUGUUUUUGGUUUUCAGGGGGGGAAACAAGGCUUUAGUUUAACUACACUUUCAAGGUUACUACAAGUGUUUGCUUGUCAUGUGUAGCACAGUGUGUUAAGUUUUAAUUUAUGAAUUAUGUUUAUACAUGCCAGGCACUGCACAUAACGCUGCUGACCUUUACUCGACCUGAAACAUAACUAAACUCUAUAAAGUGGGAUAAUGUGCAUCAGUAACAUUUUAAACAAUCUAAUUCCUCAUUACUGGGGUCUGCAGUUUUUUUUGGUGUCUGUUUUUGGUUCUGCAAUUUCAUGUUGCAGUGAAGAAAAGGCUGCAUGCUGUUGUUUCUUUAGCCAGUUUUACUGGUCCACCUGACUGUAGAUAAUGUAUUUUUAUGAAACAUUUGCGACAUUUCCUAUUCUCUGUAUUUAAAAGGGGAACUGUGGAAUAAAACAAAUAGAAAGUA